AAUAGCCGAGAAUCCCAGAACCCGUGUUAGCUUCCGAUCUUUCGAGAGAAGAAAAUGAAGGCGAGACGCGCGUUACACUUUGUCUUCAAAGUCGGCGACCGAGCUCAGACCAUCCGUUUUUACCGAGAGCUACUGGGCAUGCGCGUCCUGAGACAUGAAGAAUUUGAAGAAGGUUGCAAGGCCGCGUGCAAUGGUCCCUACGAUGGCAAAUGGAGCAAAACUAUGGUGGGCUAUGGACCGGAGGAUGACCACUUCGUCGCAGAGCUAACUUACAACUACGGUGUUGGGAAUUACCACCUUGGCAGUGAUUUCCAGGGGGUGACUGUUGCAUCGAGCCAAGCUGUGAAAAACGCCAGAAAAUUGCGGUGGCCACUGAAGGAGAUCUCAGCAGGCCUUUACGAAUCGGAAGCCCCAGGAGGAUAUAAGUUCUUUCUGGAAGACAAAGAACGACCUCAAGAAGAUCCGGUGCUGAAGGUGACUCUGGCUGUAUCCAACCUGCCGAAAUCGGUAGAAUACUGGUCCAGGUUGCUGGGCAUGAAAGUAUACGAGAAGGACGAAGGGAAGAAGAAUGUUUUGCUCGGUUAUGCCGAUAACCAGUGUAAACUCGAGCUGCAAAGCAUCGGCCAGGCCGUGGACCACGGCACGGCCUUCGGGCGAAUCGCCUUCUCUUGCCCCAAGGAAGAGUUGCCUGUUAUUGAAGCCUUAAUGAAAAAGGAGAACCAGAAGAUUUUGACUCCUUUGUUGAGCCUGGACACCCCCGGGAAAGCAACUGUGCAAGUUGUGAUUUUGGCUGAUCCUGACGGCCACGAAAUCUGCUUCGUGGGCGAUGAAGCCUUUAGGCAGCUCUCCAGGGUGGACCCAAAUGGUGAGAAGCUCCUGGAUGAGGCAAUGGCGGCCGAUAAAAGCCACGAGUGGUUUGCCAAACAUAACCGCUCCAAGCCUUCGGCAUAACCCACCGGGGUUUGCUAACCCACGUCUCCCUCUGAGCCUGGAAAACAGGAAUCUUAGAUCCCAUCUCUGCGGUACUGCCAGAUUAUUAUUUUUUUUAUUUUCUUUUCUCUGCCUCUUCUGGGUCCUGUAGUGUUUUGCAGUGAGUGAGGAGGCGAUUGUGUGUUCCAGCUAGCGGAACCCGAACCUCGCACCAAUUGUGGUGACGACCUGUCUUGUGUUUUUUUUCUGCACACUUUUCUUUUCUCAUUCCGCUGAAAAAGCACCCGUCGAACUUUGGGCUGGGAAAUUACUCGGAACUGAUUGCAGGAAGAUCUUUAGCCUGUGUGUUAAAAUGGAGAUAUUU